AUUACGUAUUAAUAAGUAACAUUUUAAUAUGAACCUUAGUUUAGGCUUUUUAUUUGUUUUUAAGCACUAAAGUAAAAGAUUAAUGAAGAAUUAUUACUAGUUUAGGACUUAGGUAAACUAUUAAUCAAAAUACGGUACUCGGUUUAUUUAUCCUCUAGUAAUGGUACAUCACUCUAAUUUCAUAGGACAUAUCGAGAACCAAAAGGGAUUCGGUGUAGAGGACGGAACAAAAAGACCUGACGGCCAAGGCCAGACCCCGCCCAUGCUCAUAUAUAAGCCUCAUUUUGCUGGCCAGAAAUCAGACUUUAAUCAACCAGUCCAACAACACAGACCUACUCGUACUCAACAUGAACAAGUUGGUGGUGUUGUUUUGCGUCGCAUUGGCCAGGAGCAGUCUUGCUAGCGUGGGUCAUCAUGGAGUUUCCGUCAGCAGUUAUGCCGCCCCAGCAAUUUCUGCUUACCACGGCGCUCCUGCUAUAGCCACCACUGCCUAUGCCGCUGCCGCCCCAGUUGUAGCUGCUAGGACUUACGCAGCUGCUCCUGUUGUAGCUGCUGCCCCCGGAAUUGCCGCUUAUGCUGCCCCAGUUGUUGGUGCUAAGGCUUAUGCCGCCGCUGCUCCAGCUGUUGCCACCUACGCUGCCGCUCCAGCUGUCGCAACUGGUUACGCUGCUGCUCCAGCUAUCGCCACCGGAUAUGCUGCUGCUCCAGCUAUUGCCACCGGAUAUGCUGCUGCUCCAGCUAUUGCCACCGGAUAUGCUGCAGCAGCUCCAGUUGUUGCCGCUGCUCCAGCUGUAGCUGUAGCCCCAGCUGCACGUCUUGCUACUCCAACCACCUUCACAUCUACCGGAGUCGCCAUCGAGAAGAACAUUCACUAUGGCACCCAAUCUGUUGUAACUGGAUAUACCAGUGCCGUCCACAAACCCAACUUUGGCGCACUUGCUACCCCCGUUGAAACUGUAUCAAAAGAAGCCGUUAUUGCCGCUGGCAGGCAGGUCCAAACUAUCAUUCCUCAGGUGACCAAAGUUGAACCCGAAGUUACCGUUAAGAAAGUUCCUUAUGACGUUCCCGUACCAACCCCUGUAGUAUCUGAGGUCGAAGUCCGUACCCCUGUCGUACGUGGCCCCGCAGUAGCUGUCGCUCCAGCCGUGGCUGCCCCAGCAGUUACUGCUUAUGCUGCCGCUCCAGCCGUCGCUGCCGCUCCAGUCGUUGCUGCUGCUCCUGCUUGGGCUGCAGCUAAGACCUAUGCUGCUGCUCCAGUCGUUGCUGCUGCUCCUGCUUGGACUGCAGCUAGGACCUAUGCUGCUGCACCUGUAGCUGUUGCUGCUGCUCCAGCUGUUGCAACCUACGCCGCUGCACCAGUUGUUGCUGCUAAAACUUAUGCUGCCGCUCCAGCUUGGACUGCAACUAAGACCAUUGCCGCUGCUCCAGUAGCCGUCGCUACUGGUCCAGUUACUGUCACUGCCGCCCCAGCUGUCGUCGAUGCCCGCGCUCAUGCUAAGUACUGGUAAACAAAAUGGACCAAGACUGUAAAGUAAUAGAGGAAAGGAAUCUGUUCAACAUCACGUUUAUUGUGUUUAAUGAUGCCGAAUAGCUACUUUUUCUUUGUAACUUAUUUGUAUUAAAGAC